UCCUGGGAGACAGAUAUAGUGAAUGCGGGGUCCGGGAGACCAGAAGAAUGCAGGGUCCUGGGAGACCAGAUAUAGUAAUGCGGGGUCCAGGGAGACCAGAUAUAGUGAAUGCAGGGUCCGGGGAGACCGGAUAUAGUGAAUGCAGGGGUCCGGGGAGAACAGAUAUAGUGAAUGCAGAGAUCCUGGGAGACCAGAUAUAGUGAAUGCAGGGUCCUGGGAGAACAGAUAUAGUGAAUGCAGGGUCCGGGGAGAGCAGAUAUAGUGAAUGCAGGGUCCGGGGAGACCGGAUAUAGUGAAUGCAGGGUCCGGGGAGAGCGGAUAUAGUGAAUGCAGGGUCCGGGAGAACAGAUAUAGUGAAUGCAGGGUCCUGGGAGAGCAGAUAUAGUGAAUGCAGGGGUCCGGGGAGACCAGAUAUAGUGAAUGCAGGGUCCGGGGAGACCAGAUAUAGUGAAUGCAGGGUCCUGAGGAGAGCGGAUAUAGUGAAUGCAGGAUCCUGGGAG